UGGAUGCAUGGGCGGGCGGGCUGGACUUUGAGUCUUGUGUUCGCGCAUGGGUUCGUGCUGCAGUUGAGUCGGAGGCGGCGUACACAGAGCAGGACGAGCGGGUGGAAGAUCGACAGCCCCUUGAUUUCUCCCGUUCUCCUCUGUGGGGAGCACACUGAGUAUCGCAGUUUCGGCCUGAGCAGAAAGGAGUCUUGUCAGACCUGCUUCAGAGACAGUGUAUAGGUGGCGGUACGUUUGGAGUCUGCAAUGCGGACGACGCAGGAAGAUACCGGGGAAUGCAGUCAAGGCGCGCGACCGUAGCACGAGCGCUACCGCCUUGACGGCGAUCGCUCGAUUAUAGGCGCGUGUGCGUGUGGCGAGACGUCGCGACAUCGCGGCUCGCCUGCUGGGUGCAACAUACCCUUAUCCUCCACCAUGUCCUCCAGGCUCGCCUCACGCUCGUUAUCUCUGGCUAGGGCAACACGGCCGCGGGUCUCUAGCCGCUUGCUCUCGACCACGCGGGCCGUAUGUGAGGAGGCGUCCCCCAACUUGGGCUCAGUCCCCCCAGCCAAGAAGCCUGUCGGUGCAUUCCGGGGAGGGAUUGUAGGCUUUCUGUUCGGAUUCUCGCUUGCGUCGUCUUUGGCGGCGUAUCACUUGUUGGAGGAGUACAAACUAGCUUCGGCUGCGUUGCAGGCGAGCGUGGAGGAACUCCAGACGAGCACGCAGAAGGUUUCCGCGCAUGUGAGGAGGAUUGAGGCAGUAGAGAGGGAGCUGAAGGCGUUGAGCGAGUCGUCGGCCACGAAGGAGGACAUCUCGCGUGUGCGCGCCGAGGUGAAGAAGCUGUAUGAUGGACUGCACGUCGAAUUUCUCGACUUGCGAGCGCAUGUAUGGGGAAUCCAGCAAGACCUGCAUUCGCUUUCCAAGAAGGAAGCUACCACCGUCCGUGUUGUCUAGAAUAGUAGAUCGGUAUCCUGUUCUCGCCCCGUUUCCAUGCGAUAUAGUGGUGUGGGUGUCGCUGAGCAGAACGUUGCUCGGGUCUCUCAGCUACCUAAGCCAAUGCUCGCUCAUGCACGCGUCCACUAAUAUCGUUGGUCGAUGGCCCAUGUCUCACGAUCAGAUACCCUGCGGUACAAUAUUACCACUACAUAGCACCAAGACCGAGCUGACCGCAGCUCGUGGGUAUCGUGGAGAAUACUCGGGGAGUCCAGCUCCUCAAGGCUGCAUGUCCAAAAGCCAGUGUGUCAUCAUGCAUCGACCCUCGCUUUUGUAUACACAUUCGCGCGUCGCUGCGUAAAUAUUAUUCAUACUGACGACCGCCGUGACGGCGCCGUCAGACUAUGUU